AUGUCUUCGACGCCACAAUCGCUUGAGGCCGCAGACUUGAAGGAGAUGGACGCUACGAAGCAAAUCGAGGUCUCUGGGGACCUCUCGUGGACACCCGAGGAAGAGGCCAAGCUCGUGAAGAAGAUUGAUCUUUUCCUGCUGCCGACGAUAUGGCUCAUGUACCUGCUGUCGUACAUGGACCGCACAAACAUUGGCAAUGCAAAGAUUGCGGGUAUGGCCGAUGACCUGAAGCUCACAUCAAACCAAUACUCGAUCGCACUCGUGGUGUUCUUCGUCACAUACGUUGUGUUCGAGCCUCCGUCGAACAUGCUUCUCGUCCGCUUCAAGCCUUCCAUCUAUCUGCCAGCCAUCAUGACCAUUUGGGGAGCACUUACCUGCGUCAUGGCUGUCAUUCAGGAUUUCAAGCACCUCGUUGCGCUUCGCGUUCUUGUCGGUGUUUUCGAAGCUGGUUUCGCGCCUGGUAUUCUCUUGAUUAUUAGUUCAUGGUACAAGAAGGAGGAACAGUCGAAGCGUUUCGGUGUCUACAUGUCCGCCGCUAUUCUCUCGGGAGCUUUCGGUGGCCUUCUUGCUGGUGCCAUUACCGGUGGAAUGGAGGGAUCUGGUGGACUGCGUGGAUGGAGAUGGCUAUUCAUUAUUGAGGGGGUCGCAACCAUCGUCUGGGCUAUCUGCGCUCACUUCAUUCUCCUCGACUUCCCGGCCAACAGCGUCCGUCUGACUGAGCGCGAGCGCUCCAUUGCCAUUGCACGUCUUCAAGGUGGUGGUGUACAGACACACACAGCUGGCGAUGAGCGCAUGGGCAAACUUCAAUCCUUUAAGCUCGCCAUCAUGGACUGGAGGACCAUCGGCUUCAUCCUUGGAUACAUGGUCAUCGUCGGCUCCUCCACCCUGUCCUACUUCUACCCCACCCUCGUCAACGGUCUCGGCUACACCUCCACCGUGCAAGCGCAAUACAUGACCGUUCCUAUCUACGCCGUCGCCUUUGUCUGCACCGCUAUCACCACCUACUUCGCCGACUCCAUCUCCAAGCACCGUGGCAUCGUCAUUUCCGGCUGGCUCACCUUCUCCCUCGUAACCUCGAUCCUCGUCUGCGUCAUUUACGAGUUCAAGGCCCGCUACGCUCUACUCGUGCUCAUGGCCGCCGGUCUGUGGGCAUCAAACGCUGUCGCACUCUCGUUCGCAAGUGCAACAUUUGGAAGCAUGGAGCCCGAGGUCAGGGCGAUUGCUUUGGCGCUCGUCAAUGCUAUGGGCAACCUGGCGCAAAUCUACGGCGCAUACCUCUUCCCUUCAGACGACAAGCCAAAGUAUCUCAUGGGCUUUGGUGUUAUUUCGGGCAUGUUGGGCUUCGGUAUCUUCAUCUACCUGUUCAUGCACGUUGCUGUCAGGAGGAAGGAGGGUUUGGGCCUGUGGAGAUAG